UCUUGUAAGCUUGAACAUUUUCUAUUAAAAAAAAAAAAGCUGCACAUCUGUCGGUUACAUGUAAAGCAAAGACAUCGUUCUAAGUUGAAGUCAACCCUCACAAAGUGAUGCCACAAUCUCUCCAAAAUCCACAACCUCUCUUCUCAAAUCUCUUUCUCCAUGGCCAAGAAAACCAACUCUUCUACUCAUUCUUCAUCUCAAAACCCACAUGCACGCAAAACCACUCCAGAUCCAACACCUUCAAAACCCUCAUCACUCUCUUCUCAAUCUCAACCACUUUCCACUUCAUUCCCUCACCGUCCUAACCGUUCCAAGAAACCCACACCUGUCGCCGCCGCCGCCGCCGCAGCAGCAGAAUCCUCCAAAAAGUUCCAGAGAGUCUUCUUCACUUCCGACGACGUCGUACUCAUUCUUAAAUCCCUUUCAGAUUUCAAAUCCAAAACUGGAAAAGAUCCACUCAAACACCUCACUGCUCUGCACGACUCGUUGAAGAGUUCGCUUAGUAUUAAAACCACAGUAAGGAAACUCAGAGAGAAGAUUCGGACUUUGAAGAUCAAGUUUGAGAAGCUACGUGAAAACAGCCAAGAAAAUAUUAACUUUUCAUGUCCUUUGGAGGAGGAAGCAUUUCAGCUUUCUAACAAGUUUUGGGGUCAAGACAAUGAAGUUGAAGACGAAGACGAAGAAAAAUCACCUGAGAAGGAAAAUGCUGCUAAGAAUCUGAUGCUGGAAGAAUCACCCAAGAAAGAAAAUGCUGCUAAGAAACCAUCAUCAUCGAAGAAACCGGUCCAGGAAGAACCACCUAAGAAGCCUAAGAAACCAUCGACAUCCAAGAAGAAGCCGAUCCAGGAAGAGCUAUCAUCUGUUGUUGACAGUGAUAAAAUGGGUCGCCUUAGUUUGGGUGAAAUGUUUCGUUUUGGUGAAAUGCGCAUGGAUGUGAAUGUGCUCAAGAGGGGAAUGGAGUUGAUUGGGGAAUCAGAGAGGGAAGAGUUGGAAAAAAGGUGGAAGAAGUUGAAAAUUCAAGAGGCGGAAGUGUUUGUGAAGCGUGCCGAGUUGGCUGUAGAUCAAGGUAGAUUGAUUUUGAAGGAAUUGAAAAGAUCCUCUUAGAAAGAGGUAUGCAUGUUGAAAAUUUUUAGCUGGUAAAACUAAUCUAAUAUGUUACUCUUUUGUUCUAGAUUUGUAGUUAUAACAAGUGUUGUAAGUUAUGUUUUGAUUAGGUUAUGGUAAUGAACACAUGCAAUGCACGGAUUGUGAAUGGUGUUUAGAUGAUUGUAAUGUUGCUGUAGUAUGUAAUGUAUGAUAAUCUUGUUAGAGAGACCUCAAACAUUGACUCGAAAUAUGCACUUGAAUGUUGGUUGAA